AAUGGAAUGAUUCGAUCCAAUAUUCCUGCCAAUAUUCCUGCCAAUUCAUUCGUGCUGGUCGCUUUGGUCACCCGCACCAUUUCGGUCUGUCUCUCACUCUCAGUCAGUUCUGUGAUUCUGUCUCUGUUUCUCUGGGUUCUCUAUCGUUCGUUGGUUGGUUGGGGAAUGAAUCACAACAUCGAACAGAAGAACGCCUUCGUCAAUCGUCAAUCGUCAGUCGUCAAUCAUUGCCAUGAAUGGAGAUAACACAUGCAUGACCCAGUUGUGUGGAAUGAAUGAGUAGCUCCUGCCUGUCCCAGGAACGCAUAUCCGGCGCCAAUCUCAGGUCAUCCGGGUCAUCCUGGGUCUGUCAUGCUAACGAGCUCGAGCCUGCCGGCGAAUCCAUCGAUCUGACCUGCUGAGGUUAUUGGCCCCUCGCACUAUAUAUCCUGGCACCUUUAGCCUUGUGAUCGGGGUUAUCCGUCGGCCAGUGUCGGUGGAGCCGUGGACGGGCGGGUGAAGGUCUGAUCUUCGAUCAAGAUGGUUCGUAAUCGUCUCGACGAGCUCCACUCGCAAUCCAAGCAUGCGCCGGUCACGGAAGAGGAGGAAAUGGCUCCCCUCUACAAGGAGGAGAAGAAGCGGGCCAAAGAGAAGGGCGGAGCGGGAAACGGCAGCGGUGGUUUGGGGGAUGCGUUCGAGAGCUUUGCUCAAUUUCUGGCGCGAUUCGAGGACGUGGUCAAGAAGAUCGACACCAUCCAGGCCCAUGCUGACGAGAUCCGCAUCAUACAGAAGAGCUUGCUCAUGGCCACCCAUAAAGAUGAGACAAAGGAAGCCCGCAUGAAUGAUCUCAUCCAUGAGAACAAGAUGUUGGCCCAAGCGGUACGGAACACCAUCAAAAAGGACCAGGACAUCCUGGAGAACAAGUCGCCCAAGAAAAUGACUCAACCUCAACAGCAGGAGUAUCGCAUCAAGAAGACCCAGGUUAAUACGCAAUCCAAACGCUUUUACGAUAUCUGGACGGCGUAUAAUAAUCAGCAGGUCGAGUUUCGUGACAAAUCCAAGCAACUUCUGGUCAAGCGAUGCAAGAUUACCAACAAGAAUCUCACGGAGGAUCAAAUCGAGACCAUGCUGGAUGAGGGCAACACGGCCGUAUUCGCCAAAAGUAUCCUAGACCAGGAGAAUUUGGCUCGACAGCAACUCUCAGAUUUGCACGAUCGCCAUGAUGAGCUCAUCAAAUUGGAGCGCUCCAUCAAAGAGGUGCACGACAUGUUUCUCGAGAUCGCACAUCUAGUGGCCGAGCAAGGUGAAAUGAUCGACAGCAUCGAGCGGAAUAUCAUGGACGCGGGUAUGAGUGCCGAGGCUGGACGAGGGCACCUGCAAAAAGCCGAAAACUACCAAAUCUCGGCGCGCAAGAAGAAAGUCUGUCUAUUCAGUGUACUGAGCGUGCUCUUGCUCAUUGUCUUCAUCGUGAUCUUGAUAGAAUUUGGUGCUUUCAGCGGAGGCAGUGAUUCCGAAACUGUCCGGACAAUAAUUGAAGAGAGAGUGGUUUACGUGACGGCAAGUACGACCACCUCCACGAGUACCACCACGCUAACAUCAUCAUCCACCACCGACAGUACUGCUUCUACCACCAACACUCCUCAGUCUACUCCAUCUACCACGGCCGUCCCUUAGCCGUCUCACCGCUUUCUCCAGUCAUAGCGCGGACCUCCUUCGCUUGUUUAAUUCAUAUUUGAAACGAUCAUAUUCACAAUGAUGAUUUAUUGCGCUUCAUACCUUUCAUCGUAACCAUACUUCCAAUGAGGCUCGAAAUCGUGUGUCCUCAUGUAACAGUCAUUAAAAGCUUGUUCAAUUGCUUUA